AUGACGGCGGCUGAUAUAGGUCGUUACAAACGCUUCGUCCAGUAUUUCUGGGACCCCGAGCCUACAAACGACACUGCCUCGCAGUCACCUAUUUGGUGCUUGGGAAAAGAAUACCCUAUUCUGGAAAAGUCGCCCACUUCAGUUAUUACAGACUCCCCUCCCCAGGAAGGAAAACAUCUACCCGCACAGUCUUUACCUACCAAUGUUACAACUCCACCUGAUAGUACCGUUGGCAGUCUUGAAUCAAGUUCAGGCUACCAAACUUGCGACGCAGCCAAUGCAGAUGGAGGAUGGCCAUCCGCAUUCCUUGAUGAUUUUGAAGCCAAGAUAUGGCUUACAUACCGAUCAAACUUUCCAGCGAUAGCUAAGUCGCAGGAUCCAAAAGCCUUUUCUGCGAUGUCACUAUCAGUACGAUUGAGGAGCCAACUUGUCGACCAAGGAGGCUUUACAUCUGACACGGGGUGGGGUUGUAUGAUAAGGUCUGGACAAAGCCUUUUGGCAAAUGCAUUGCUUACUCUGAGGAUGGGCAGAGAAUGGCGCCGCGGGAUAUCUAGCCACGAAGAACGUAAAAUCCUAUCUUUAUUCGCAGAUGACCCGAGAGCUCCUUACUCUAUUCACAAAUUUGUCGAGCACGGUGCAAGUGCUUGUGGGAAACAUCCUGGAGAGUGGUUCGGACCAUCUGCUACUGCGCGCUGUAUCCAGGCUUUGUCCAAUAACCAAGCCAAAUCAGAACUGCGUGUAUACAUCACGGGUGAUGGAUCGGACGUAUACGAAGACACCUUUAUGAGUAUCGCAAAGCCAAACCACUCAGACUUCACCCCGACUCUCAUUCUAGUCGGUACGAGGCUGGGCCUUGACAAGAUAACUCCUGUCUACUGGGAGGCACUGAAGUACUCCUUACAGAUGCCACAAUCUGUGGGGAUAGCUGGGGGUCGCCCAUCCUCCUCGCACUACUUCAUUGGUGUGCAAGAGUCAGAUUUCUUCUAUCUGGAUCCUCAUCAAACACGACCAGCACUUCCGUACAAAGAUAAUAUGGAUGACUAUACUACAGAGGAUGUUGACUCGUGCCACACUCGUCGACUUCGAAGACUCCACAUAAAGGAGAUGGAUCCCAGCAUGCUUAUUGCAUUCUUGAUACGUGACGAGAACGAUUGGAAUGAGUGGCGACGGGCCGUAAAGGAAGUACAGGGUAAGGGAGUUAUCCACGUUGCAGACACGGAUCCGGCAUCGUAUGGCUUAGGCGGAGAGCGAGAUGGAGCUAUUGACGAGGUUGAAACAUUCGACGACGACGAUGACGAUACCAUAUUAGACGCUUAA